UGACAUCCGUUGGCUUUCGUUAUUGCGCCUAAAGUUUAACCGUCGGAAUUUCGUGUUAACAGAAUUUUCAAAUACAUUUUAUUUUGAACUGAUUCUAUAUCUACGGGAAUUUCAGCGGAGCAAUGGUCAAAGCAACAAGUACGCAGCAACGAUAAAUUUGUCAUCAAAAAAUGACAUGACAAUAACACCGGAAUCAUUGUGUUAUUACUAGGUUUCAUCGUGUUACAUGAAAUCUACAGAAACUUCACGGUGGCAACUUCUUAAGUUGGGUGUUACUGUUCCAAUCAAACCAGGGGACAUUUGCUCUUUGGUAUCAGAGAAAUGUUGGUUUAAAGUGGUAUCAGAACCUUCUAUGAUGGAAAUUAACGAGGAAAAUACAGAGAAACGAAAAGCUAAUGAGAAUAUAAGUUGUGAUGUACCUCACAAAAAGCUAUGCUCAGAAUCAGGGGAAGGAGAUAAUUUAGGAUGUAUUAACAUACCAAAUGAUGUAUUGGUAGAUAAUAAUAAUAUACCCACAGCAAAAACCCAAGAGCCUGUUAAGACUGAAGCAAAUUUAUCAAGUAAUGCAGAAUCAGCAGAAGCAAACAUUCAGAAAACUCAAGUCUUUAGUUCCAAUGAUGAAAACAGAAAUUCAACAAAUGGAACAGAACAAAGUGAUAAACCUCUUAUAGCAGAAAGCACAGAAUCUCAUGAUUCAGUGGAAGCAAAUAAACCAAAUGUCUCUGAUAAUGUACCAACAGAUACACCCAUAAGAGAAAGAUGCAAAUAUGGAGACAAAUGUUAUAGGAGAAAUCCACAACACAAAGCUAAAUACAGUCAUCCCAUGGAUUCUGAUUAUGAUACAAUAGAUAACAGAAAAGAAUGUCCUUACGGUAUACAGUGUUAUCGUACCAAUCCUCAACAUAAAAAAGAUUAUAAACAUACAAUGCAAAAAGCACCUAAUGACAAACGUAAACGAGCCAGUAAAAAAACAUCGCUAGCAUCCUCAAAUACUUUAUCUGAUCUAGAAGAUUCAUUUUCAGAUGAUUCUGUUGAAGAAUCUGUAGAUGAAUCUGAUUAUCAACCAUCUAGUGAUGUGGAAAAUUCGGACGACGACGAAUACGAUGAUAAAAGUGAAAUGGAAUGGGAGGAUGACACAACUGAUGAUUAAGAAGAAUAUUUUUAUUGCAAACUGUAAAAAGAUUUCUUGAUUGUUUAUAUAGAUUUAAUACAUAUUUAGAAAUUCAUAUUAACAUAUAAUACUUAUUUUCAUAUUCAUAUUCACUUAUU